AUGCUCGCGCUGCAAGUAGGGCAAUGCGGGAAUCAGCUCGGGCGCACGCUCUUCGACAAGCUAGCAGAGGAGGAGGGUGCGACCAGCUUUAUAGAUUCUGCCUUCUUCCGUUCGCAGGACGACUUCUGCAACCCCCAUUCGGUGGUGCGCGCCUCCAACACACGACGAGCGCGCGCGGUGCUUAUUGACAUGGAGCCAAAGGUCAUUCAGCAGUGUUACAAGCCAUCGAGCUGCAGGAAGGCGGAUGCUUUAUGGGAAUACGAUCCCACGAACUCGUUCACAAGGCAAAGCGGUUCAGGUAACAACUGGGCCUGUGGAUACCGAACACAGGGCACGGAGGUGGAAAGCGAGCUGUUGGACCUGCUUCAGUCGGAAGCUGAGCGUUGUGACUUGUUGAAAGGAUUUCUCACGCUGCAGAGCGCAGCAGGAGGCACAGGCUCUGGACUGGGCUCGUUCCUCACAGAAACGUUAGCGGACUUCUACCCGUCGAGUUCAUUGUUGAACGCUGUGGUGUGGCCAUAUCAGUCUGGGGAAGUGAUUGUGCAGAACUACAAUGCGAUGCUCACCAUGGCAAGUCUCGCUGACGUCGCUCACGGCAUUUUCAUGCUGCAGAACGACACAGCCAACCUGAUCUGCCAGAAGCUGCUGCGUAUCCCGAAUCCUUCGCUCGAUGCAAUGAACGAGGUUUUAGCAGCUCAUUUGGCUUCUUCUCUUCUAGAAAUCUGUGAACGUUUGUGUCAGCAUCCGGCGUACAAGCUUUUGGAUAUCAAGAUGGCUCCGCUGAUGCCACACCGGUCUAAGAAGUUCAGCACACACUCCUGGACGGGCAUCGUGAAGCAUUUACACCAGAUGCAAGUUGCCAAUGCAGCGUUUGAAGAAGGCAUCGAUUGGGACAUAUCUCUAGCAACUGACCACGGGAAAGCUCUCAAUCGGGCAGUCGGUAGUAUCCUCAUUUUACGAGGUGAGAGCUCAAUACAAGCUGACCCAACAACAUUCUCGGACCCACGGAUGUAUGCCCCAUGGAAUGCGGAUCCGUUUCGAUGCUACUCGUCCUGCUCGAGUUUCAGUGCCUACGACAAAACAGGGACUUUGAUCAGCAACUCGAAAGCUAUGCUACAGACGCUAGCGAUCACGAUGGACAAGGCCUACGAUAUGUUCUCUCACGGUGCGUAUCUGCAUCAAUAUGAACGCUUCGGUGUCGACCGCGAUUUUUUCCAAGAAGCCUUUCUCCGGAUUGACCAGAUCACGCAAAACUACUCGUCGCUUUGAUCGGAAUCAAGCGCUGGGCCUACACAUUGUUAACUGAGCGCACAAGCGUCACGAAAUAGAAGAAAAAGAAGAGCGUUCACGAAUGCAACAGGGCAAAAUCCCUUGUUAUUCUUCAUUUACGAGGACGGAUCUCAUUUGUACGUGCCUACGAGGCCUCUGGGACAACACAAACAUGGUGUGGGGCUCACGGCUCCAGAUUGGACAUCAUUUCGAGCGGCACAAAUGUCUCCAAUAGCGCGAUAACGCUAUCAUCGAGCUCCAGCUCAUUUUCUUGCGUGACGAACUCGCCGUGGCUGUCCAUGAAUUCUCCAUCGUGCUUUAGGACCUGGUUUGCAUCGGGAAAAUGGGACGGCGGGGUCAUGGACGGGUUGUACAUUUGCUGCCUUUGAUUUACAGGGCGUGGAUGGUCGCUUGUGACAAGGACUUCAGUCUCGGUCAUUUUUGUGGGGCUAGCCGUGGCUUCCGCUUUCCGCCUUCGCGCGAUCUUUUCGCGAUAUUUCUGAGCAUGAGUCAUGGUCUGGCGCGUGGUUCGAGUUCCAAUGUGUGCAGCGAUGGUUUUCCACGGACCGGACGGGUAACAUUCGAGGGCCUCUAAGAACAACUCGUGCUCCUCGAGGGUCCAGGGCGUACCAGCGCGCUUUGUGGGCAGUGAGCGGGCUUGGUCCUGGUUGGGUGCCAGGCGAAUGAGCUCUUGGUCUUUCUGAAAGUACUGACUCUGGACGCGCUGUGUGAUGGUCAUGUCAAUGUAAUUGAUAGAAAUGUGGGGGCGGACCGUGCUGUAGUGCGGAAGCCGUGUAGUGAUGUCACUGGGAUGACAAAUGUAAGAAUGAGGAAGACGCAGCCGCCGACAGGUUUCGUCCGAUGGACCGUUCACAUCAUUAAAUUGCCAAUUGCAGUUGGGACAUGGAGCACAGAGACGGUCGAGGCGGUGACUUGGAGUCAUGGAAGGGGCGGUGCGGGGCCUUCACAAUUGGCCUACAGUGGAAACUUCUAUUCCCAUUAACAGUUUCCAGGUGAAAAUCCAGGUUCUGUUGAUUGGAUAUUGCUCGACUCCGGAUCUUCGACUGGUGAGACUGCCGAAUCUGGGGUCGUCGAUUCGAGACUCAGGAUGCUUUGGAGACUCGCCGGAGGGGCAGCGACGCAAAUCCUAAUCCUGGCUCGAAUCUAGCCACAUAAUCGGCGACAACAGUGUAAAUAAUACUACUAUCUGUAUUAUCAUUUCUCUAC